GGCAGGGCGGUCAGCGCGCGGCGCUCUCUACGCCGAUUGGCCGCCCCCCGCGGCAGUGGGCGGGACGUUAGCCUGAGCGGUGGGUGCGGGAGAGCGGCGGCCGGAGCGGCCAUGACGGCGCACAGUUUCGCGCUGCCCCUCGUCCUCUUCUCGGCCUUCUGGGGCCUGGUGGGCAUCGCCGCCCCCUGGUUCGUGCCCAAGGGGCCCAACCGCGGGGUGAUCAUCACGAUGCUGGUCACCACGGCCGUGUGCUGCUACCUCUUCUGGCUCAUCGCUAUCCUGGCCCAGGCCAACCCCCUUUUCGGGCCGCAGCUGAAGAACGAGACCAUCUGGUACGUGCGCUUCCUCUGGGAGUGACCCCCGACAGCAGCCAUAGAGACCCGUCAUCACCGUGAGUGGGCAGAGCUGGGGGGGAGCUGCUCCGGCUCCAGCACAUCAUGGCUAUGGAGCACUGAGCUAACUAUGGAGCAGCUCGGUGCUAACAUCUCCCCCUUUCUCCUUCUUCCAGCUCUUGCUGUUCUAGCAUCUUCCCUUCCAUACCAGGCAGCUCCCAGAGGUGCUGGGCCAGGGGCUGGAGCCACUGCCCCAGUGCACUUCAAGCACUACAGCCCAGCACUGGCUGGGCCCCUGCUGUUGGCAGGCAGUACCCCUGCUGCAGCGUGGGCCCUGUGGCACCCUGCAUGUGACCAGUCCCUGCUUGGCCAUGGGUUUUCCUUGCUAAGACAGGCUCUAGCUGUGGCUGGGAGAAGGGAAGGCUGAGCCUGCUGGAGGAGGCAAACUGCCAUGGAUGUGAGGGAGGUGCUGGGGUCUUGGGCAGGGGCUGCUGGUUAGCAGUGUGCUCAGCCUGGGGCUGUGUCAUCUCCCACCUCUGCGGUGAGGGUGCUGCAGUAGUAUGUAGGUACCACCAUCCCUCUCAUGUCUACAUUCCAAGAACGAAAUAUUGAGUUGUCUUAGGUCUGCCCCUUAUUUAUCAGAUAAUUUAUUGGCAUUAUUUAUUUAUUUGUAUUUGUCUGUGUUUGCUGAACUUGUGUUGUGGAAAUAAAUAUUUUUUUUCUAGUAAGUGAUGCUGGGAGCAGAGUCACUUGCUGCUUGGAGGGU